UUUUCUUAAGCCAAGCAGCUCAGCGGCGACAGCCAAAGCAGGGACCUUUCCCGUUCGCCGCCACCGCCACCUCCCCGUGCGGGAUCUCGCGCUCGCACGCACGCGCGCGCGCACCGAGGAGGAAGGCUCCGCCGGGUUUGCCGCGGUCGGGCGUCCGGCGAUGGCGAGCCGGGUCAAGGAGGAUGAGAAGAACGAGCGGGUCAUACGCGGUCUGCUCAAGCUCCCCGCCAACAAGCGCUGCAUCAACUGCAACAAUCUGGGACCACAAUAUGUAUGCACAAAUUUCUGGACCUUUGUUUGCACCAAUUGCAGUGGAGCACACCGAGAGUUCACACACCGGGUGAAAUCAGUUUCCAUGGCCAAAUUUACUGCUCAAGAAGUUACUGCUCUGCAAGGAGGAGGGAAUGAGCGUGCAAGAGAAAUAUUUUUCAAGGAUUGGGAUGCUCAGCGCAAUCCAUAUCCUGACAGCAGUAAUACGGAUAAAUUGAGGACUUUCAUCAAGCAUGUUUACGUGGAACGGAGAUAUACUGGAGAAAGAAGCUCUGAUAGACCACCGAGGGGAAAGGAUGAUAAGGAUGAACAGAGUGAAAAUAGAAGAUCUGAUGGAAAUCGGGGUGGUUCAAGAAGUCCACCGUAUGGUGAAAGUUACUCUGACCGUCGGAGUUAUAGUGGUCGUAGUGAUGACAGAAAUUCCAGACAUUCCUAUGGAGAACGUAGUCCUGGUUAUGACCAGAAUGACUAUAAGAAGAGUCCCCGCUACUUUGAGGGUGUCGACGAUAGAUCUGGCAAAACAACUCCAGUUCAAAGGUUUGAGGACCGCAGGUUUUCUGAACCAAGAAAGUCAGAGACUGGCUCUCCAAAUUAUGAGAGAGAAGCCAAUGGAUCUAGUCCUCCUGUUGUACGGCCAGUGAGGGAGAUAUUGGGUGAUGAUGCUCCUCAACUUCGGGUUGGUGAACCUCCUAAGCUGAAUGUAGCCAGACCGAUUGACCCUCCAAAAUCGAAUGUAGCCAAACCGAUUGACCCUCCGAAACCAAAUGGAACCAGGACCAUUGAACCUCCACCUCAGGCACAGAGGACGACAUCCAUUGCCAGCAGUAUUGGUUCUUCUGAAGGGACUUCAGAACAGAUAAAGGCAGCUAGUCCAGUCAGUUUAAUUGAUUUUGGGGCAGAUCCUGAACCUGCUGCAUCUGCCCCACCAUCGCAGGCAGGCUCUACACCACAACAGCAGCCUGUAAAUGCACAGCCACCACCACAGCCUGUUAAUGCAACAGUGCCACAGCCUGUUUUUGAACAAGGCAAAAGUGCUCCAUCAGCGAGCGGUGGUGAUUGGGCAUCUUUUGAUGCUUUUAGCCAGCAACAAACACCACAAGUCGGCAGCACUGUAAAUCCGCUUGAGUCUGUACUUGCACAACUAUCAUUCUCUGAAACACCCUCUGCACCCAAUACAUCAGCUUUUCCAACUUCUGUUGAUCCAAGAGCAAAUGACAGAGGGCUGUCAUCCAUGAUAGAGCAGUCACAUUCUUCGUUAUUUGGUGCACCCCAUGGAACCUCAGGCAAUCAGGCCCCAACAGGAAUGCCCAUCCAAGGAUCUUCAGUUCCUGCCUCUAUGGGUGGUCUUACAUCUCAAGUGCCUUCAAGUUCUCAAGGAACCAGUGGUGUUCAAGACGGAACAUCUUCUGGUGACAGCAAAUCCAGUGGGAGGAAACCACUUCCAGCGGAUUUCUUUACCUCGCUCUAUCCAUCAGCAGCUCAAACAAUGCCUGGCUGGCAAAGAGCACCCCAACCUGGAAUGGGAUUUGCCAUGCAGUACCCUGCUGGAAUGUUACAGGGAAUGCAAGCAUAUCCACAGACAGCAUAUUCUCAACCUACAUAUCAACAACCUGCAUAUCAGCAGCCUGCAUAUCAACAACCUGGAUAUCAGCAACCUGCAUAUCAACAACCUGCAUACCAACAACCUGCAUACCAACAACCGGCGUAUCAGCAACCGGCAUAUUCCCAACCUGCAAAAGCUUCAAAUCCUUUUGACCUCGGAAAUGAGGCAGCUCCGAUUCAAGCUCACGCGCAGCCCCUAUCUGGAGCACCAGCAGGCCCUACUCCCCCAACAUUUCUUGGUAACUCAAGUUUUGGAGUUCCACCACAGCAACCUCAGCAGCUGUAUCCGUCAACUGCACCUCAAAACCAUUACAUGAUGCAGCACGUUCCAAGCAACAUGUCUGAGCAGCUACCUAACAGCAUGCUUCCAAGGCAACAAGGAGGGCCAGGCUCCCUUGGCAUUGGCUAUGAUCAACAAGCUGCUCCCAGGUACUCCCAGCCAAGCACCCCACCUUCCUAUGGUGCUGUCGGUGGAAAUCCUUUUGGGUAGAAGGCUCAAAUUUGCACAUACCAUGUUCUGUUUAUGGAAUCUCCUGCAUCUCCAGACCACUGGUUGGCGGUGUCCAAAUAGAUCAGAAUGCACAAAGCACUUGAGAAAAAUUGCUUCCGACUUGGUCUGGAAGUGAAGGUGGGGAUAAGAAGGAGCAUGAGUUCUUUUCUUGUAUAUUUUUUUGUUUGGUGCAUUCUGUAUGUGUUGCAUCCAAUGUAUAUUCAUAGAGACCCCAUAUGCCUCGGAUGGUUUUUGAUUGGGAUCUUAUGAGUGGCUGCAUCUGAUAGUUGUAUUCUUAGUUCAGAAUGCUAUUUGUAGUCCAGCUGGCUAUUCAAUUUUAAUGUUUAUGGCAAUGUCUGACUGAAUGAUGUAUAAUUGUGAUUUAUCAGUUGUUUUGCCUCA